AUGAGGACAGACGCGCAAGUGCCUUCCCUGCAGCCCCCAGAGCUCGGCAGGGGAGCAAUGGGGCACCGGCCGCUGGUCUUGCCCUGGGUGCUGCUGUCCCUACUGCAGACCUGCUGUUGCCAUUCCACAGGGACCCCUGAGGUGCGGGUGCAAGUUCAGAUGGAGGCCACCGAGUGCGGACCCCACAGUGUUUGCUGUGGGUUCCUGGGGUCUGGCUUCAUCUCCCUGUGACGGUGAGCUGGGGUGGGGCUUGACGGUGCAGGAGGAAUCAAGCUGGCUGUGCUGCACCCAGAACUUGGCGCCCAGCAGUGGGCUCCUGCCUGUCAGGCCCACUGGGAAACCAGGAACAGCAUUGCCCUCGCCCUGGCAGAGCCUAGGGCCAGCAGCCCCUGUGCCAACACUACUUUCUGCUGCAAGUUUGCGGCCUUCCCGGAGGGCUCUUUGGAGGCCUGCAGGAACCUCCUGCCCAGCUCAGACAGAGGGCUCCCUGCCCCAACUCCUGCCCCACUUCUGCACUUGGGAGGGGGUGGUUGCCUCUCCCGACCCCACAAGGAGCAGCUAAGGCCUGGGCAGAGUGCGGGACAGGACGAGGCAGCAACCCCUGCUGAGCGGGUGGCCUGUGGGGACAUGAGGGCGCUGGGCCAUGGUUUCCUCAGAAGCCUCGGACCCUUGCCUGGUGCACUCUGGCGCCUCGGCCUCAGACCUGACGGGGCAGAGGCAGGGGCCCCCUUCGCUCACCCAGGUGAGCAGAAGACUCUGCAGGGAUGGCAGAAGCCAGGGACGACAGGAAACGUCUGUGGGCGCUUCCCACAGCACCUGGCACGCCGUGAGGCCUGUUCGGGACGAGGGUGUCCGGAGCUGGUGUCCUCUGUGGUUUCCAAACAGCAGAGACAGCGGGACUGGAGGACCAACCCUCGAUGA